AUGCUACCUCGGCCCACUGCUGGUGGUUCCUCGGCGAUAGUACCGGUGGGUGAUGAAGUGCGGGGAUUGGAUCUGUGGGAGCCCUCGGGAUGGUCGGGCGGCCAGCUUGUAGUGGUUGGUGAUGAUACUAGAGGCCGUGGACAGAUGGCCGUCUAUGGUUCUAUCGGCCCAGCGGCCGCUGGUAGGGGCAGGGCUGGACAAAAAAGGCGUCGUUUCCAUCUAGGGCCCAGGGAGGAAAUACCCUAUCGCCCACUACCACUAGUAGACGUUCCUGUGGGCCUCACGAUUUCGGAAGUCGAUCAGCUCAUGCGGGAGCUCAGGUUGGAGGACCUACGAGUAAAAGUGGCCAAUAAGGAGUUGGAGUUGGCUGAUGAGGAUCUUCGCGCGCCCUCCCCACCACCCGUGUACAACAGUCUAGGGCAGAAGAUCAACACACGAGAGCUGCGAGUUAAACAUCGAAUGCACGACGAACUCAAUAGACUUUGUCACUCCAUGAUGAAGACUGUGCCCAACUACGUCCCUCCUCCAGAGUAUCGGCAACCUAAGUACAUCCAGAAGGUGUUGGUUCCGGUGAAAAGGUACCCGAAUGAGAACUUCAUGGGAGUUCUUAUUGGCCCUAGAGGCUGCAAUCACCGUUUGUUGAAGGAGAUUCUCGAUUGUGAUAUCACCCUUAGGGGUAGAGGGACGGGGAAGAACUCGGAUUUCUUCGGCCAGCAGCAGCAGUCUUCAGCUUCUGGUGACAGAUCAUCGUCAACUUCCUGGUUGGCUGAGGAGGAUGCUAAUCUUCCUCUACACGUGCAUAUUAGUGGUAGUGAUGAGGAGCGAGUUCAGGAGGCGGUGGAGUUCAUCAAACAAUGCCUCACUCCUGGCAGUAGAGAAUAUGAAGUCCUCCAGUCCCGCGGCAGAGACGCCUUAGCGGUUAUAAACGGUACGGUGGGCAUCGGGUCCAAUUUCCAUCAACGCCAACUGCGCGUUCUGGAGGCCGACGGUCUGGACGAAAUUGAACGGUGGAGGUCACUAGCCCGGCAUGUGCGAUGUGAGAUAUGUGGGGAUAGGGGGCACCCUACUGUGGACUGUCCUCAAAAUAGGAUGCCUAGUCAUGAUGAACUCAUGCAGGACUGGAGACUUGACAAGGAAUACAACGACCUUAUGGCUAGUGUAGUCCCGGAGGCGUCCCCAUCUACCGAUGAUGACGCAUACGGAGUCCCUGGAGGGAGAGGGGGAGAGACCACUACCCCCACCAGAGUUGCCGCCAUUACCCCUACCCCCACCACUGAAUAG